ACGACCAUGACCACGACGCUGGAACCAGCACUCACCCUUCGGCAAGCUAUCAAGGCGAAACAGAACAUCACCUACACGAACAAUGAUGGACCUUGUUUAUCCUUAUCAUCUGCAACACACCUGGUCAUUCCCCCGCAUACCUUUGCAAAGUCGGCGCCUACUCGUUUUCGCAAGGUCGACGUGACCACUGCGACAGGCCCUCAGGACUUUUACACUCUCGACGCACUCUAUCUUGCAUGGUCUCUCCAACAUGCGUCUGCCGCCGACUACACGAGACAGGCACGAGAGAACGGGCUAAACAUCGGUUUCGUGAGCGUUGCCGCAAGGAAGAAGGUGGUAGAUUGGCUGGAGGGCAAGGGCUUUGAGUCGGACAUGAUUGUGCCUGCUGCAGGCGAAACGACUACGCCGCCAGGCACACCACCACCACGCUCGAGUAAACUAGCUCCUUCGUCGUCGCCGGGCAAACCAAAGACGCUAGAUACACCUUCAUCGUCAAACAAGCGACGUUAUGUUGCUGAUCCGCACGACCUAGAAGUUGUCAAGAAAAUCAAGCAGAACGAGAUUGAACUUCGAGACCGAAGUUCUGUCCUGCGGGGGACAAAACCUAACAACUUCUCUUCCAUAAAGACGGCCUAUGCGGAGAAACUGAAGAAAAUGCGGGAAGCCAGCAAGCCUGGCGCACCAGUGUCUACUCCAGCACCGACACCGGAUCUUAAAAUGCAAGCACGAAAAGCUCGAAACAACUUCCCGAUUAUUAUGAUAUCCUCUUCGCCUACAGCACUCGUCACAAUGCACAACGUCAAGCGCUUCUUGCAAGAAUCUGUCUUUGAGACCUCUCAAGCCGCUCGCGAGCGCGCCAAGGCUGAAGGAAAUACGAAACCUGACGAUCUCAUUCCCAUUUACCGCAAGUUGACUCACAUCGACCCCAGUGGAAGGGAGACGUCGACACACGCUAGAUAUCUGGUAGUCGAUUCCGUUGAAGCGCUAUCGAAAUUCGGGGCCGACGCGUGGGACCGCGUCGUAUGCGUCAUGACUACAGGUCAAGCCUGGCAAUUCAAGCCCUAUCGAUGGAAUGAACCGACAGUUCUCUUCCACCAUGUCAAGGGCUUUUACGUGUCAUGGGCUAAUGAUCCGCCAAAUAACAGGAUCAAGGAUUGGAACGUGACUGAGUUGAAGAUUGAUCAGAAUCGGCGGCACAUUGACAAAUCUGUGGUUGCGCACUUUUGGAAAAUCCUGGAUACAUGGACAAUGGCAAACAAGCCUUGGCUGAUGAAAGGGUAGUAUAAUCUUAUGUCACUUCCAUCUCUCGACGUUCCCGUAUCUUUGUUGUAUUUGACAUUGACGUCCGAACUUGUGUAAUGAACGCUCAUAUAGCCGCC